AUGUCGUCGGACAGAUCCUCAUGGCUAGCUUCGCUGAUGUUUGUUCCAGACAGGGUGCUGACGGGCAGUCCACGCGGCGGCAAUCGACGGGAUAAUGUCGUGCCGCCACCUCCGCCGCCGCCACCUCACAUACUGAACGCAGAGUUCAGUCGGCUGGCCAAUCCUUUCGUCGUUGUCGGUGACGAGCUCGAGCCUCCUUCUUUGAUUUUUCUGAAAUCUGCACAUAUUUUCGUCGGAGAACGACCGCCGCCACCACCGGGAGAUGAGGGACACGAUGCCGACGGACGCUGUGGUAGACAUGGUCGCGCGGCGGAGGGUCCUCGGUGCUCGUUCUCCGGCGAUUUCAGCCGCCUCUGCAAGGAUGACGAGACGUGA